ACCAUGACCGGCAAAACACAGACCAGUAAUGUCACCAAUAAGAAUGACCCCAAAUCCAUCAACUCUAGAGUCUUCAUUGGUAAUCUUAAUACAGCCAUUGUCAAAAAAGGAGAUAUAGAAGCAAUCUUUGCAAAGUAUGGAAAAAUAGUUGGCUGUUCAGUGCACAAAGGUUAUGCAUUUGUACAGUACAUGAGUGAGAGGCACGCAAGAGCUGCUGUGGCAGGGGAAAAUGCCAGGAUCAUUGCAGGACAACCAUUGGACAUUAACAUGGCAGGGGAGCCAAAACCAUACAGACCUAAGCUGGGAACUAAGCGACCACUUUCUGCUCUCUACAGACUUGAAUCAAAAGAACCUUUCCUUUCUGUUGGGGGUUAUGUCUUUGAUUAUGAUUAUUACAGAGAUGAUUUCUACAAUCGGUUAUUUGAUUACCACAGCCGGGUUCCUGCCCCACCUCGUGCUGUGAUUCCAUUGAAACGCCCACGAGUAACAGUCACAGCAACUCGCAGAGGAAAAGGAGUCUUUUCCAUGAAAGGAACAUCAAGGUCUACAUCAAGUGGAGCUUCUUCAUCAGGAUCAAAAUUGAAAUCAGAUGAAUUGCAGACAAUCAAGAAGGAAUUAACGCAGAUCAAAACAAAAAUUGAUUCUUUGCUAGGGAGACUGGAGAAGAUUGAAAAGCAGCAGAAAGCUCAAUCAGAAGUCCAAAAGAAACAAAUAGAAGACUGUGUAGAGUUGAUCCAAGAAGAAUGCAUAUCAGAGAAUGCGGACAACUCUACAGAAGAGCCUAUUGAAGGAGGGCUGGAUGGGGAUGGAGAAGAAAUGACAGAUGGGAUAGAGGAAGAUUUUGAUGAGGAUGGUAGUAAUGAGCUGGUAAGAAAUUACAAGUGUCCUAGUACAGUAAAGAAAUAA